AUGGAAAUACUUCCUGAAGUAAAUCCUCUCGCCCAAAGUUCUUCUAGAGUGGAGGCUAUUGACGCAUUAACUAGCAUGACUGGAUCUACUAGCAGAAAUACUCGUGGAACAACACGUAGUAUAGUAGUACGGGUACAUGUUGAAAAAAGUGAUAAGAUGCCCGUACGUAUAGCUGCAGAGUAUGAUGCUCCUAUUGGGAAGAAUGUGUGCAAGCUUGUCAAUCAAAUUGGCCACGGUUUCACUUUGAGUCCUCAUGACACUGCUCUCUUUGUUCAAAGAUUCUCUAAUGGUAUCACUCUUAUUCUUCUUUAUGUUGAUGAUAUGAUUAUUACUGGAGAUGAUUCUAUAGAUGUUCGCUUUCUUCAGCACUUCCUUAGUCAACAUUUUGAGAUGAAAGAUCUGGGCUCUCUCAGCUAUUUUCUUGGGCUGAAGGUUAUCUCAUCCUCUGAAGGCUACUAUCUUUCCCAAGCUAAAUAUGCUUCUGAUCUUCUCUCCAAAGCCAGUAUCACCAACAACAAGACUAUUUCCACUCCCUUGGAAUACAGUGCAAAGCUCACACCCUUGGAUGGUGAACCUAUAUCCGAUGCUACUAGCUAUUGUCAGUUGGUUGGUAGUUUGAUCUAUUUCACUAUUACUCGUCCGGAUAUUUCACAUGCCGUGGGUAUGGUCAAUAAGUUCAUGGAUGCCCCUCAUUCUGUCCACUAUGCUUCCAUUCUUUGGAUUCUUCGAUAUGUCAAGGACACACUUUGUCAUGGACUCUACUACUCCUCUCGGUCUUCUCUCGAGUUUCAUGCUUAUUCAAAUGUGAAUUGGGUAGGUGAUCCGACUGAUCGAUGCUCUAUCACAGAUUUCUGUUUCCUAUUUGGUACUUCUCUUGUCUCAUGGCGUAGUAAGAAGCAGGAUGUGGUUUCCCAUUCCAGUACUGAGGUUGAGUAUCAUGCCCUUGCAGACACCACCUGCGAGCUUGUCAGGCUACAUUGGCUCUUGGCUGACAUGGAUGCUUCACAGCCCACUGCCACUCCUCUUUAUUGUGACAAUCGUAGUGCUAUCUACAUUACUCGUAAAGAUGUCUUCCAUGAACGCACCAAGCAUAUUGAGAUCGACCGCCACAUCAAUCGCCAGCAUCUUAAGAAAGGCAAUCUCAAGUUGUUCUCCAUCUCCUCUAUUGAAUAG